AUGAUAGAUCUACAACUCUUAAGGCUUGAUGGCAAUCGCUUCACAACACUCUUCCCAAUUAUUCCAUCAACCCUUCCUUCACUCAAGCUCCUAGACAUAAGUAGGAAUUCCAUUUCCGGCUACAUCCAAGAUUGGCUGCCUGCUUUUCCACAAUUGGUCGCACUCCUUAUGAGAGGAAAUGAUUUUUUUGGUUGCCUUCCAACAUCAUUGUGUCAGAUGCAACAAUUACGGUUUUUGGAUCUUUCAAAUAAUCGUCUGUCUGAAAGCAUACCUUCUGGCCUCAACAACAUCACCUCAUUGCUGGAAAAGUCAGAAUUACCACUUGCUACAGAUAUAAUGUCUCUCGACUACAUGGAAGUAAAACUCAAAGUGAAUUUUGCCACAAAGAAAAACUUGUACUCAUAUGAGGGUCUUCCUCUUGCCCAGAUGACAGGGAUCAAUUUGUCUGUAAACCAAUUAUCUGAAUCAUUUCAAGCUUUGAAAUUGUUGGAGAGCUUGGAUCUCUCUCACAACAAGUUGGUGGGAAUGAUUCCUCCUCAAAUGAUUCGACUCUCUUUUCUUUCCACUUUCAAUGUGGCCUUCAAUCAACUCUCAGGCAAGAUCCCAUAUGAGAACAAUUUUGCUACUUUCACCAAGGAUAGCUACAUUGGUAAUCCAGGACUUUGUGGACCUCCAACUGAAGUCAAUUGUUCAUCAUCACCUCAACCACCCCACAAGGAAUACAAGGAAGGUGAUGUUGAUGAACAAAGUCUCAUCGACAAUGACUUAUUUUUCUAUUCAUAUGUGGCUAUUUCUUACAUCUUGGGAUUCUGGAUUGUUGUUGCUCCUCUUCUUCUCAGCAGAAAUUGGCGUAGGAAGUACUACAAAGUUGUGGAUGGAUGCAUUGAGUGGUGUAGUGAUAGGUUAUUCUGGUUCUUGUUUUAUAUCAAAAACAAUUGGUAG